UGUGGAAAAGAAUAUAAAGAAUUGCACAAUCAAGUGGAUCUGAAUUCACAUGGGACAUCCCCAGAAAAAGAAGAAGAAAACGUUGCUCUUCUCCGUGUUAGGUACCUACUUCUUACUAAAUAAACUGCUAUCAUUACAUUACAUUAAUCAUUAAUUAUAGUGAGAGAAACAGAAACAGUGCUCCAUCUCGAUGGCGGAGCUCCGUCACUCCUCCUCAAUCGGCUCCCGAACCGCUUCUUCUCCGAUGAAGCGCGAUGGCGCCGGCGCCGGCGAUUCCUCCCCACUCAUUCCCGAAAACGACCUCUCCGACGAUGAUCGCCACUCUCCCAAGGACCGGGACCGUCCUCCCUGCUCGCAUUUUCAUCACCUUUUCUCCCACUUCACCGACGACCAUAGGGUUCCUCUUCACAACUCCAGGAUCUCUAUUUUCUUCACCUUACUUCUACUUCUCGCUGGCUUGCUCGCCCUGUUCACGAUCCUCCAUAAACUGAAUUCCCCUUACUUGUGUAAAAAAGAUGGGAUUGUUCUUCACUGUCCACAUGUCAAAGAAUCAGCAUCUCUUUGGGAAAAUCCUUACUCAUCCACAACAUCGUGGAAGCCGUGUGCUGAGCGCAGAGAUGGUGCCAUAUCAGAACUUCCUCAGGAAAAUGCAACAAAUGGCUAUAUAUUCAUUCACGCUGAAGGUGGUCUAAAUCAGCAAAGAAUUGCGAUAUGCAAUGCAGUGGCUGUUGCAAAAAUAAUGAAUGCCACUCUUAUUUUGCCUGUAUUGAAACAGGACCAAAUUUGGAAAGACCAAACGAAAUUUGAAGACAUUUUUGAUGUGGACCACUUCAUUGACUACCUAAAGUAUGAUGUGCGUAUUGUCCGCGAUAUCCCAGAAUGGUUUACUGAUAAAACAGAGCUAUUUUCUAGUAUAAGACGAACCGUGAAGAACAUUCCAAAAUAUGCACCUGCACAAUUUUACAUCGACAAUGUUCUGCCUCGCAUCAAGGAGAAAAAGAUUAUGGCUCUGAAACCAUUUGUUGAUAGGCUAGGAUAUGACAAUGUUCCUUCAGAAAUCAACAAGUUGAGAUGUAGGGUCAAUUAUCAUGCUCUGAAGUUUCUUCCCGAUAUAGAGCAGAUGGCAGAUUUACUAGCAUCAAGGAUGAGAAACCGAACAGGCAGUUCAAACCCAUAUAUGGCAUUGCAUCUUAGAUUUGAAAAAGGAAUGGUGGGCCUUUCGUUUUGUGAUUUUGUGGGGACAAGAGACGAGAAGGCUAAAAUGGCAGAAUAUAGAAAAAAGGAGUGGCCUCGACGGUAUAAGAAUGGUUCCCACUUGUGGCAAUUGGCUCUGCAGAAGCGAAAGGAAGGGCGUUGCCCUCUAGAGCCUGGCGAAGUGGCUGUUAUUCUUCGGGCUAUGGGCUAUAUGAAGGAAACUCAAAUUUACGUAGCUUCUGGACAAGUUUAUGGUGGACAGAAUCGGAUGGCUCCUCUAAGGAAUAUGUUCCCUAAUCUGGUUACAAAGGAGGAGUUGGCAACUAAAGAGGAGUUAGAUGGUUUCCGAAAGCAUGUGACGAGCCUUGCAGCUCUUGAUUUCUUAGUGUGCUUGAAGUCAGAUGUAUUUGUGAUGACCCAUGGAGGCAAUUUUGCUAAGCUGAUAAUUGGGGCCCGAAGAUACAUGGGUCACCGGCUAAAGUCAAUUAAGCCUGACAAAGGACUAAUGUCCAAGUCUUUUGGGGAUCCGUACAUGGGUUGGGCUCCUUUUGUAGAAGAUGUAAUUGUGACUCAUCAGACACGGACGGGAUUGCCAGAAGAGACUUUCCCUAACUACGACCUGUGGGAGAACCCUCUGACUCCUUGCAUGUGUAAAGCCUGACCAUAGCUGUUUUUAUUGAUGCUUUACACUGGGACUUUCACAUUUCCAAGAAUUAUACCAUCUAAGUUAUGAGUUCUAUAUAUCUCUAUGGUAAAGUGAAAACAUGGUCCGUGGUUAAUUCACCGAGGUAGGAGUGGCAGUAAAUAGAGAUUUGGAGACGAGGUAAUGGCUUGCAGGAAAUGAGGUUCGAUUGUUGGUUAUUAUUUUAAAGAAUAGAUUUCCUACUAUUGAGGGUUGUCCUUGCCGAGAAACCUGGUGGUUUUUUUCUUUUCAUCUAACAUGUAGGCUGUAGCAAUACCUCAAGUCCACUUUUCUUCCUCUUGAAAAGAAACUGACCGAUUUUUUAAAUUGAGAAAAAGUGCAAAUUGUUGAUGAAUUAAAUGUUGUUGAGUUCCUUUUGUUGUUCAAAAGAUUAUUUAUGUAAGAGCCCUUAGCUGUAAAAUGUUAGGGCGAAUAGCAUAUACUAUAUGUUGGCCAAAAAAAUGGGAAACAUUUGAAUAUGUCCUUCAGCCAAAAAGUUGUUGGCAAUCA